AUGACGCGAGACAUUCGCUCUAGAGCGCUGGAGCGCAUAGCUGCGCUCUCUGCGGAGAGCUCCACGACGUCCUUUGACAAGUCCGACCUUGACAAGCUGUGUCGAGCCUGUCACUCGGCGCGAGGCCGAGAAUAUAACCAUGGUGGUUACAGUACGAAGCAGGCCGGUUCCCUGGGCCGAAUUCCAAUGUCCAUCCGCGAAUUCGAGGUUCUCCUGGCCCUUUGCAAGACCGCACCAAAUAUCAAAUCAAGCCAAAGCGCACAAAAACUUUCGUACCGUCUCAUUCCUUACAUCCUCGAAGCACACGCUCAAGUAUUUGCGCCUUCCCCAUUUUUUCGUAAAGUCGAGCCUUCCCCCACCGAGUCCCUGGCCUUUCAUCUUACUGCCGCCCUGCUGUCUCUCGGCACCAACUACAUCGACCUCAAGGAGACUGUGGCUGAUGGAAUUUGGGCGUUUACCAAUGCUUGUGGGAGGGCGACCGAGAGCGUGCUCUCGCCACAGUCAGGAGACCCCGAGAGCCUUCCCGUCGACGAUGCAAUUCGAACUGUGACUAUUGCCCUGGCUCUCCUGGGUUUUUUGGACGCCGCGUCUGCCCAGGCCGACUUUUGGAAUGCCGGAGGCAGGUUGGGACUCAUCCAAAAAUUCAACCAGCUCUUGUCUGAGCCAUUUCUCGUGGCAGUUGAGACGUCUCUGUCCACCAUUCGAAACACUCACAGUCAGACCAAUGAAGUUCGGGAGUGGAAGCGAUUGCUGCGCCAUUAUGCGUCUCACGGCCGGCCACUAGGCGCCAUGAUUAUCCAACGCAGCUUCAUGUGGCUUGUACUCUCCAGCACCUCGUUGAUGGUUGCUGAUGGCCCGGCCCUUCGGAAGCAGCAUGUGCUUGACUUGCUCAUGUCGGGAGACGGGGCAGCCGUGAUGGAACAGCGACAUUUACUGGACGGGGACGUCAGAUCAGUUGAAGUAUAUGCCAGCAUCACCACCGACCAAAUGGACUACCUCGAGGCCGGAGCCGAUUUCGUUCGCCUGGGCUCACCGGACCAGCAAAAGUUGGCAUAUGAUGUCAAGUCUGCCGCCAUGGUUGCCUUCUUGAACUGCUCACUUCUCCACGAGAAUGGGGCUGAUUCUGACGUUCUCAUGGGUUGGCUCCAGGAGACCUUGGAAGACCCAUUGCAAAUGUCUGAUCCGAGCCUUGCUUCGGUUGUUUUGCGGUGCAUGGCUCUGAUUUGCCGAAUAUCACCGUCCUACUCGUCUGCUGUCAGCCGUGCUCUUCCUCGCUUCCUGGUUCAGACGGCGCCGCACGGUGACUCGACCAAGGUCGCCUCGACAAGUCUGGCCUUUGUUUUGAAGAUGUUGUCCAAGGAUGCCAUCAUUAGUACCCUUUACACAUUGGGAAAUGUGUUGAGCCCUGACUCGGAUGAAAUUGCCCAUGGUCUCACCAAUGGCACCACCAGCAACGAAGAAGUCGCGGCUGGAGGGUACAAUCGCCGUCACUCUACGGGUAGCUCCAUUUCACUCUUGAUGAAUGGCGAGCAAGAAACUGCCAUUGUCUACGGCAACGUGGUGCAAGCCAUUUGCACCAUUGCCACAACCUCUGGUGACGAAAAGAUUAUCGCCCUGGCGCAGUCCAUGUUGUUGCAAAAGCUCGACAAGGUCAAUGCCAGUGUUGAUACCAAGGUCAUCUCUGGCGCGGCCAAGCUUUCGCUUCACGGUGGGCAGCUAGAGUUCCGGUCGUUGCUCAAAAUGUACAGCAGGAUUUGCCAUAUCGGCGUCGUUGACCACAAGGAUUUCCUCCUGACCGCCGUCAUGAAGGCUCGCACGUACAUCUCGGCCAACUUGCGUCGCGACUCAUCCCUCUUUAAUAUUUACUGGGAGCAUUUGCUUGACGCCGUCAUUUCGCUGGGUGAUGCCGAAUCUCCACACCAUACCAAGGAGUCAGACGUUCAGCUAGCCGCCCAGGAGAUUGCAGAGCUUUUGCACCCCCUGGCAGUCUUCAUGGCCAGUAAUGACGUGGCAUCAAACCCCAUUGACGUUGACGAGACGUACUCUCUGCUCAAGGAUGCGUGGUUCAAUAUUGUUGUGCACGGAUUCACCACGACAACUGAUCGAGGUAAAAAGUACAUCAACGAGCUCCGAACCAUUGCCGUUCACUCACCUCCGUUGGUUGCUGGAGAGCGAACGGAAGUAGUGGAGAGUGACAUUGAGCUCAACACGGUGCUGAGACGCGCAAACAGCGGCGAACGAGAAGCGGCGCAAAAGAAGCUUCUGACUGAGCUGAUCCCGUCCAAGGCGUCCGACAUUAAAGGCCUCAGUUACCGUAAAGUCAUAUUCCUCCAGGCUGCCUACCUCGUCGAAAGUCUCCGUGCCGACUCCGGCGACUGCACAAAAGUCUUGUCCUACUUCUUGGAGCCCAGCAUGCGCAAGGGAGAGGUCAGCAGCACAAUGGAAGGCAUCGCAGCGGCUGUUGUCGAAAAGUAUCUCAAGAAGACGUUGGGUGGUUCGGAGCCAACCUUUUCGGCACAGUAUGCGGCAGAACAGCUCGCAACCAUCUUUUGCAUCUGCUGCCAUCGCAUUGAACGUGUGCAACAAGCAGCAUUCACAUGCGCAGACCGCAUCAUUCGGGACGUCCCGUCAGCCCUGUGCCAGAGAAAGUCGCUUUUUGCCCUUCUUGAGCUGUUAUCUCUCAUGUGGUCAAGUUGUCUCGAGGCCGAAACCGAUCUUUACGCACCUCGGUCCAUGUUCAAGUCUGAAAUUGGAAAGGUCAUGGUGGAAUUGUCCGACGACUACGAUUUCCGCCGAUGGACCCUAGAUCAUCUCAACCGCAAGGCCAAAGUUUGGGUCAAUGCCGCCAUCAGUCUGGCUCCGAUGGACGUCAAGGGCUUGCUGCAGACGUACCUGUCUGAAUUCGAUGACGAGGGUGCCUAUGGACAUAUUUCUCUGGGCAGAUCGUUUGCGCUGGAACUUGGGUCUAUCAUCCCAUCUACCGACAACCGGCUACAGUCGCUGGAAAGGGUCGGCUCUUGUGAGAUUAACACGGCCUCCGAUCUUAUUGCCCAGUACACCACGAGACAAGAAUAUCGAUAUGGGGAGACGUUGCCAGACCGCGGGACGGAGCUCAUUAGCUUCAUGAAUGUGAAUCGGCGAACGUCGUUUUCCCAGUCCAAUGUGACGGAGAGCGCCAAUGCCGCCACGGCCCUGGCCCACGUUGAGGCUCGCAUCCUAAGCAAAAAGGCGACGUCCUUGAACGAAGUCCGUGACAUUUUGAGGCGGGCGGCGGCGUUACUCUGCCGCACCCAUCGCGACGAGUCGGCAGUCGCCCGCUAUCUAGUGAGCAUCCCAUUUGCAUUGUUCACCAAGCAGUCCAUCAAGACGGGUGUCUCGUUAUGGCUCGGCGUGAUGAAUGAGAAUCCGCGACUGGAACCAAAACUCUUGAAUAGCAUUGCCCAGCAGUGGGAGUUUACCAUUUCACGCAAAGUUGGGCUCUUUAGCUCGGCAUUGGCUCACCCUGACCCAUUCUUCCUCAAGGAGGAGUUUGCGCCAAGCGACUUGGAGCUCAUGGCCAAGAAGCGGCAGGCAAUUCACGAUGUGCUGUCGCCGCACGCCCGUCUGUUGCACUUUUUUACCAGCCAUUUCAAUGCCACUCGCCUCGGUAGCCGGGAUACCCAACGGGUGUUUUUGCGCAUGCUGGACCUCACCCUGACUGCCCUCAAGGGGACGUCUUCGCACCCCAUGUCUCGCGAGUUGCGGUUCCAGCUAGUAUUGUUUGGCCUCAAAGUGCUUCGUUCGAGCACCACGAUUGGGGCAACGGCCCAGUGGAGGCUCAAGGACAAGAUUUUAUCGGCCGGCCUAGGCUGGUUCAGGAAUGCCCCCAAGUGGUCCUUUGGCAGCAACAUUCUGCAAUUGAAGACCGAGGUCCGCUUGAUUGCCGACGUAUUGGUCGCCAUGAAGGUGGUGUCCUUUAUAGGGGCCCAUACCGUCGGCAAUGUCAAAUCGCUACAGGCCAAGGAGCAGCUGCUUCAACUGCUGCUGGAGAAUGAGCAGUCACGACUUGCUGUCUGGAUCAGCCCCCUCAGUCAGCAGGGACUGCAAUUGUCGGCCCAAAACACGUCAAAGUCGUCUAUUGAGAACGCCCUGAUCCCGCUGGUCAAGACGGCCUGGCAGCAGGAUCCUUCAAUUGCUAUUGAGCUAACAACGAGAUUCAACUUUCCGCGCCUUCACAGGGACGUUAGGCAGCUGGUCUUGUCAGCCCCCGAUAAGGCCGUCUCUGAUCCUGAGGCCCUGCCCUUGAUAUUCGGUGGACAUUUACCUGACGACGUCAACAUUCAACUCAAGUACCUUCUCGUGUGGGAACCGCUCAACCCCCUUACGGCCGUAACCCUGUUUAUGCCCGCCUACAAGCAUCACCCAUUCAUUAUCCAGUAUGCCAUGAGGGCACUAGAGAGCCACUCUGUGGACGUGACCUUUUUCUACGUCCCUCAGAUUGUGCAGACCCUUCGAUACGAUGCCCUUGGCUACGUGGAGCGGUACAUUUUGGAAACGGCGCAGUUCUCUCAGCUGUUUGCACAUCAAAUCAUUUGGAACAUGAAGGCAAACUCGUACAAGGAUGACGAUGCUCAGGUGCCUGAUGAGAUCAAGCCAACGCUUGACGGUGUCAUGACCAAGAUGGUGGAUAGCUUUGCUGCUCUGGACCGAGACUUUUACGAGCGAGAAUUUGCCUUUUUCGACGAGGUGACGGGCAUUUCCGGCAAGCUCAAGCCGCUCAUCAAGCGACCCAAGCCUGAAAAGAAGCAAAAGAUUGAAGAGGAGCUUCGGAAGAUCAAGGUUGAAGUCGGCGUCUAUCUUCCGAGUAAUCCUGACGGUGUCGUUAUUGGCAUUGACCGCAAGUCUGGUAAGCCUCUUCAGAGUCACGCCAAGGCUCCCUACCUGGCCACAUUCCGUAUUCGAAAGAACAAGAGUGGCGGGAACGACGUUCUUAAUGCGGAUGCUCCCGAACAAGCGCCCAAAAAGGGACAAGACGAGCAGGGCCAGCAGCAGCAACUGCAGCAGCAACAGCAACAAUACCAGGACAACAUCAUCGAGGUGUGGCAGUCUGCUAUUUUCAAGGUUGGUGAUGAUUGCCGACAAGACGUUUUGGCUCUUCAAAUGAUUUCUGCAUUCCGUGGCAUCUUUCACAGCGUGGGGUUGGAUGUCUACGUCUUCCCGUACCGCGUCACCGCCACUGCUCCUGGAUGUGGUGUUAUUGAUGUACUGCCCAAUUCCAUCUCCCGUGAUAUGCUCGGCCGAGAAGCAGUCAAUGGCCUCUAUGACUACUUCAUCUCAAAGUACGGCAACGAGGACUCGCUCCGCUUCCAACGGGCCCGCAACAACUUUGUGAAAUCCAUGGCUGCGUAUUCCGUCAUUUCAUUUUUGCUGCAGUUCAAGGACCGACACAACGGUAACAUCAUGAUUGACGAUGCCGGCCACAUCCUGCACAUUGACUUUGGUUUCUGCUUUGACAUUGCACCCGGAGGUAUCAAGUUCGAGCGCGCCCCGUUCAAACUGACCAGCGAAAUGGUGGCCGUCAUGGGUGGCUCGACCGACCACCAGAGUUUCAAGUGGUUCGAAGAACUCUGUGUCAAGUCGUUCCUCGCUAGCAGACAGUACUGCGAGAAACUCAGCCAGAUUGUGCUGCUCAUGAUGGACAGUGGUCUGCCGUGCUUCAAGCCAGAGAGCGUCAAGCAUUUCAAGGAGCGAUUUGUGCUGGACAAGACGGAGAGGGAGGCAGCAAACUUUAUGAAGGGCUUGAUCAAGACGAGCUACUCGAGCUACAGCACCGGCGUCUACGACCAGUUCCAGCUGCUGACCAAUGGUAUCCCUUAUUAG